GUUGAUUUUGGGUUAGACUAAUUCAUCUAAUGAAACUAACAUUUGCGUUAAACCUUAACCUUGAAGCCAUAAAAUAUCAUGAGAAUAUAUGAAAAAAAGAAUCUCGAUGGGAGAUAUUUUUUUCAAUUUACGUCAAGAGUAUAUGGUUGAGAUUUUUCCUUGAAGCCGACCAAGAAAAAGGAGAAAUCUAGCGAGGCUAAUGUUUCUUCUCUCUCUUUUUUUUUUCUUUUGUCAGAGAAUCAGAACGGCUAAAUCCUAUAUCCACUAAAAAGCAAGCACGUCAUCGGACAUACCAGGUAGAAGAAGAAGAGAGCUUUUUAACAUUUUUCUUCAACCCAAUCAUGGCAUUGAUCUUGUUCUUCUUCUUAUUAUCGAAUUUGUGCUUGCCCGGAGUAAUGUCGAGGAGCUUCAUAGUAGCGAACAAAUGCGAAUACACAGUCUGGCCGGGAAUUCUAUCUAACGCCGGAGUUCCUCCAUUGCCGACCACCGGUUUCGUCCUCCAGAAAGGCGAGACGCGUACAAUCGACGCGCCGUCUUCAUGGGGCGGUCGUUUCUGGGGCAGAACACUCUGUUCCACCGAUUCCGACGGAAAAUUCUCUUGCGCCACCGGAGAUUGCGGCUCCGGGAAACUUGAAUGUUCCGGAACCGGCGCUGCUCCUCCGGCGACUCUAGCCGAAUUCACUCUCGACGGCUCCGGUGGACUCGAUUUCUACGACGUGAGUCUCGUCGACGGCUACAAUGUCCAGAUGCUGGUCGUCCCUCAAGGCGGCUCCGGUCAGAAUUGCAGCAGCACCGGCUGCGUCGUUGAUUUAAACGGUAAAUGUCCGUCGGAGCUGAGAGUGAAUAGCGACGGUGGUGGGAAGCAGGCGGUUGCGAUGGGAUGUAAGAGUGCGUGCGAAGCGUUUCGACAGCCGGAGUAUUGCUGCAGCGGCGAGUUUGGGUCGCCUGACACGUGUAAGCCGUCUUCGUACUCGCGGAUUUUUAAGAGCGCGUGCCCACGCGCUUAUAGCUACGCGUAUGAUGAUAAGACAAGUACUUUCACGUGCGCCAAAUCUCCAAACUACGUCAUCACUUUCUGUCCUUCUCCCAACACUAGCCUAAAAUCAUCCGAGGAACAGAGCACACAGACGACGAUGAUGACAACUCCGACCUCUGGUGGUACGACGUCGUCGACGAUGGUGUACGAAGGUGCACUGGACGAAAGCAGUGGCUCACCAUUCACGUGCGACCUCGGGUCACGUGUAAUCGCAGUCGCUUUCUCGCUUGGUUUUUGUCGGAUGUGGCGGUUCUUCUGAACAGACUCUAUCUGCAACGUAUGCGUAGAACACAAGAACUUGUGGCCUUAUAGAAGGCCUUUUUCUCCUCCGGCCUAUGUGACGUUUUGGAUCAACCAAUUGAGUCAUUGUUUACGAAAAGUCAAUUACGAAAAUACCCCACGUGAUACGAGAAGUGGUUGGUGAAGGAAUGACAUAGGUGAUAGAUUUGAAAGAUUAUUACUUGUAUUUUUUUCAUCUAAUUUGCAAGUAUAUGAUUAUAUAUUGUAGUUAUCCUGAUUUAGUAUUUGUAAUGUUAAAGCCAGACGGAUGUCAGUUUAGUUUUGAUUGCUAACAAGUAAAGCAUCUACGAAAGUAACACAAAAUUGAUAGUUCUUGUUAAUCUGUAGAAUGUUAAAUAUUGUAGUGAAGAAACUGAUGGGCCUAAAUCCUACAACAACUUCC